AAGAGAUCAAAACGAUCUCUUCGAAGCCUUAUUGUUUUUCUCUGUUUCGAAAGCACCACUAGUCGAUGAAGGGAGAGGACGAAAAGGCUUGAAAUUGGGAAGAGCAAGUGGAAUACUUUGUUCUCAUACACAAGCUGGGACAAGGGAGAGAUAACCUAAACCGAAGAUGGAGAUUCAUGUCUCUCAACAUCAACUAUUUCUCUUGGUUCUAGUCCUAGUCAACUUGUUGAGUCAUAAUGGAGGUGUCAUAGCGUUCCACUCAAUUUCAUUGAAUCGAAGUAGUUUUCCGGGUGGUUUUAUUUUUGGUACAGCUUCUUCUGCUUACCAGUAUGAAGGUGCAGCAAAUGAAGGUGGAAGGAAGCCAUGCAUGUGGGACACUUUCACCCAUCAACAUCCAGAUAAAAUCGCGGACCGAAGUAAUGGAGAUGUAGCCAUCGAUUCUUAUCACCGGUACAAGGAAGAUGUAAGUGUAAUGAAGCAAAUGGGUAUGGAUGCUUACAGAUUUUCCAUUUCAUGGUCAAGGAUUUUACCUGAUGGAAAGCUAAGUGGAGGAGUAAACAGGGUAGGCAUUCAAUAUUACAACAACCUUAUCAACGAGCUUCUAUCCAAGGGUAUCCAGCCCUUUGUGACUUUGUUUCAUUGGGAUACACCCCAAGUCCUGGAAGACAAAUAUGGUGGUUUUUUAAGUCCAGACAUUAUUAAUGAUUUUCAAGGCUUUGCGGACAUUUGUUUCAAAGAAUUUGGUGAUAGGGUGAAGCAUUGGAUCACUUUAAAUGAGCCAGUGAGCUAUGUUAUGGGCUACAGUGGGGCAUCCUUUGCACCAGGCCGAUGCUCCCAAUGUUCUCAUGGGAAUUCUUCAACCGAGCCUUACUUGGUAGGGCACCACCAACUUCUUGCUCAUGCAGCUGCAGUGAAUUUGUACAGGGGCAAGUAUAAGGUAUCUCAAAAUGGAAAGAUUGGAAUAACAUUAAACUCAAAUUGGAUGGUACCUUACAGUGAGCACUACUCUGAUGUUGCUGCAACUCGAAGAGCACUUGAUUUCAUGUAUGGAUGGUUUGUGAGCCCUAUAACUUAUGGUGACUAUCCUAAGAGCAUGCGAUAUAGAUUGAAAAAUCGUUUGCCAGUAUUUUCGAAGAAGGAAAUGAUACUGCUUAAAGGAUCAUACGACUUCCUUGGACUCAAUUACUAUACAUCUAAUUAUGUGGCUAACGAUUACCAUUGCAAAGAUGCUACAGAUUCUUGCGCUAAGCUCUUGCAGGAGCGAGCUGGGAAAUCCAUUGGUCCAACUACUGGUUCAGCUUGGCUUCGUGUAUAUCCACAAGGAAUAUGGGAGUUGUUGAACUAUACUAAGAAAGAAUACAACAAUCCAGAGAUUUUUAUUACUGAGAAUGGAGUAUCGGAGGUCAAUAACAAUAAACUCUCAUUGAAAGAAGCUCUUGCUGAUAAAUGGAGAAUAGAUUACUUCAGAAGCCAUCUUCAGUUUGUCCACAAAGCCAUCAAGAAUGGUGUAAAUGUGAAAGGAUACUUUGCAUGGUCAUUGUUUGACAACUUUGAAUGGAAUGCUGGAUACACAGUUCGGUUUGGGAUUAACUACAUAGAUUACAGACAUGAACGGAAGAGAUACCCAAAACUAUCGGCCGUUUGGUUCACGAAGUUCCUUCGAGGAAGUACAACAAGGACAAAGCUUUAAAUCUAUAGAGCCCCAGUAAGUUGGGCUCGGACGGAUGACUGAUUAGAGCUUAAGCUUGAAUUUUAAUUUUGCUCAAAUUUCAUUUUGGACAUUUUGUUCUUUGGCUCUUUUUGGUGUAAUUGUUUUUUCUAUUUCUUUGAAUUCUUGGAAUAAGUCAUCAAAUGGUUAUUUUGUCAAAAAAAUAUGUUUGUUAGUCCACUCUGGAAAUAAAUUCUCUCUUUAGUGAAUUUGACA